CCCGUCUAUGCAGCAAAGAUGUCGCACACUUCCCAGAAGCAUUGGGACUUUGUGUCUGAGCCUAUGGGCGAUAAAGCAGUCACAGCACUGGCCAGUAUUGGAGAAGUUCUUGGCGGCAAAUUGGAAGAACAAGGAUUUGAUAAGGCUUAUGUGCUUCUGGGACAGUUUCUUGUGUUAAAGAAGGAUGCAGACGACCUCUUUAAAGACUGGUUGAAAGAUUCAUGUGGAGCGAAUUCCCGUCAAGCAGAGUUAUGUUCAUCUUGUAUGAAAGAAUGGUGUUCAUCCUUCCUCUGAAGUUCUUCAACUUUAAAGUUCCAUAUUUUAUUGACCUUCAGUUUUACAUUCCAUUAGAUUAGCUUAUGUUUACUAAAUUGUUUGCUAAGGAAUAAAUAUUUAAGAUGGUUACCUCUGUGCAGCCUUUACACCAUAUCACUAGCUUUCCCAACUAUAUUGUACUUCAUCCAUUGACCAACAAGAAGUGUACAUAACAAAAAAAAUGCUUCUCUUAAAGCAGAAAGAGCCUGCAUUAAGAAGCAGGACCUUUGGUAAAUUCAGACCAUGACCUCUGUUCCAUUGGAUUAUAAUGACUUUAUUCUGGCUGCACCUUCCUGACCCAGUAUAGUUUAUGCAAGGGCUGAGUGGGGAAAGCUCCCAUCCUAUAAGGCAAAGUGUGUCAGUUUCAGAAUUACUUAGUAAGCGGAAUGGCUGCACAAGAGGGUAAAAAUAUAAAUCACUCAUAUCUGGGAGUGAAAGGCAGAGCAUUUCUAUAGAGCUGCAACAAGCUGAAUGCCAGGAGUUCGGCUACUUUGUAAGAUGUGCUGGAUAUGUAGGGGGUUGGGUCCAAUGAGGUGCAUGCUACCCUGUGGGCAUCUCUUUAAUUUUCAGUUUACAUUUCUUCUGAGUGCCAUAGGCAUUGCUAUGCUUCUGGUACUUUGACGUUGGAC